AUGACAUCAACACCUUUAUCGUUAGGAGGUGAAAGAAUCACUGGAGAAUCUGUCCGUACUCAAAAUGUUUUGGCAGCAAUGGCAAUAGCAAAUAUUGUUCGAACGUCACUCGGUCCACUUGGUUUAGACAAAAUGCUUGUAGACGAUAUUGGAGAUGUAACAAUAACAAACGAUGGUGCGACAAUAUUAAAAUUAUUAGAAGUUGAACAUCCUGCAGCCAAAGUAUUAGUUGAAUUAGCGCAAUUACAAGAUCAAGAAGUAGGAGAUGGAACAACAAGUGUGGUUAUUAUUGCUGCUGAAUUAUUAAAAAAUGGUGAUCAAUUAGUGAAACAAAAAAUUCAUCCCACAUCUGUUAUCAGUGGCUUUAAACUAGCGUGCAAAUUAGCCGUAAAAUAUAUUCAAGAUAAAAUGGUGAUUAAUGUUGAUGACCUUGGGCGUGAUUGUCUUAUGAAUGUGGCGAAAACAGCAAUGGCCAGUAAACUAAUCGGAGCAGAUGGAGAUUUUUUUGCCAAUAUGUGUAUAGAAGCAUGCAAUCUGGUUAAAUUUAACGACUCAAAAGGUGUUCCCGUUAUUCCCAUUAAAUCAAUCAAUAUUUUAAAAGCACAUGGACGCUCGACACUUGAAAGUCAACUUAUUCAGGGCUAUGCGUUAAAUUGUACAGUUGCUUCACAAGCCAUGGUAAAACGUGUUGUUAAUGCAAAAAUAGCAUGUCUGGAUUUUAGUUUACAGAAAGCUCGUAUGAAACUUGGUGUACAAAUUGUUGUGGAAGAUCCAGAGAAAUUAGAAGCAAUACGACGAAGAGAGACGGAUAUAGCCAAAGAACGUGUGGCGAAAUUAUUAAAUGCUGGAGCAAACGUUAUAUUAACAACAGGCGGUAUUGAUGAUUUGUGUUUAAAACAGUUUAUUGAAGCGGGAGCGAUGGCCGUGCGAAGAUGUAAAAAGCAAGAUUUAAAACGAAUUGCUAAAGCAACUGGAGCUCAAUUAUUAACAGCAUUAGCCGAUAUGGAGGGCGAUGAAUCGGUGAAUGCAUCUGUUAUUGGAAAUGCCGAUGAAGUUGUUCAAGAACGAAUUUGUGAUGAUGAACUUAUUCUUAUCCGAGGGCCAAAAGCUCGUACAGCAGCUUCGAUUAUAUUACGUGGUGCAAACGAUUUUAUGUGCGAUGAAGUUGAACGUUCUGUUCAUGACGCGUUAUGCGUUGUUAAACGUGUCUUGGAAUCGAAACAAAUUGUACCUGGUGGAGGAUGCUGUGAAACAGCAUUAUCAAUUUAUUUAGAAAAUUUUGCUACUACAGUUAGUUCUCGUGAACAAUUAGCUAUAGCUGAGUUUGCUACUGCUCUUCUGUCAAUACCGAAAUCAUUGGCUGUUAAUGCUGCUCAAGAUGCCACUGAGUUAGUAGCAAAAUUACGUUCAUAUCAUAAUGCAUCGCAAACACAAAAAGAUAAAGAUCAACUAAAAUGGUUUGGACUUGAUUUACAUGCCGGAAAAGUUCGUGAUUGUAAAACAGCUGGUGUAUUUGAACCAGCAGUAUCAAAAAUAAAAAGUUUAAAAUAUGCCACUGAAGCAGCCAUAACAAUUUUACGUAUAGAUGAUAUGAUCAAAUUAGACAAAGAAGAGAAAAAAGGUGGAAGACAUGGUGAUGAAUGUAUGUGA